CUGCCAGGACUUCCGGACGCGCGAAGGACGCCUGAAAGCCGCCCGCAAUCUGGUGAAGCGCGGCAUCACCAACCUCUGCGUCAUCGGCGGCGACGGCAGCCUCACCGGUGCUGACACCUUCCGUGCCGAAUGGAGCAGCCUCCUGGCCGAGCUGCUGAAAACGGGGGGGAUCACGGCGGAGGAGGCGAAGAAGUCGAGCUACCUGAACAUCGUGGGCAUGGUGGGCUCCAUCGACAACGACUUCUGCGGCACCGACAUGACCAUCGGCACCGACUCAGCGCUGCACCGCAUCAUGGAGAUCGUGGACGCCAUCACCACCACGGCCCAGAGCCACCAGCGGACGUUUGUGCUGGAAGUGAUGGGUCGUCACUGCGGCUACCUGGCUCUCAUCACCUCCCUGGCCUGCGGUGCUGACUGGGUCUUCAUCCCCGAGUCCCCCCCUGAGGAUGGCUGGGAGGACCACUUGUGCCGAAGGCUCACAGAGACCCGUUUGGGUGGCUCAAGGCUGAACAUCAUCAUCGUGGCCGAGGGCGCCAUCGACAGACACGGCAAGGCCAUCACCUCUGACGAAGUCAAAGAUCUGGUGGUGAAGCGUCUGGGCUACGACACCCGCGUCACCAUCCUGGGCCACGUGCAGCGCGGUGGGACGCCCUCCGCCUUCGACCGCAUCCUGGGCAGCAGGAUGGGAGUUGAAGCCGUCAUGGCCUUGCUGGAAGGGACCCCCGAUACCCCCGCCUGCGUCGUCAGCCUCUCAGGGAACCAGGCUGUGCGUCUGCCCCUCAUGGAGUGCGUGCAGGUGACCAAAGAUGUGACAACGGCGAUGAAUGAGAAACGCUUCGAUGACGCUGUGAAACUGCGGGGCCGGAGUUUCCAAAAUAACUGGAACGUCUACAAGCUGCUGGCACACAUCCGCCCACCCUCCACCAAGAGCGGUUACACGUUGGCUGUGCUCAACGUGGGCGCUCCGGCUGCCGGCAUGAACGCAGCCGUGCGCUCCACCGUGAGGAUCGGGCUCAUCCACGGGCACAGGAUGCUGGCGGUGCACGACGGCUUCGAGGGGCUCGCCUAUGGGAAAGUGGAAGAGAGCAGCUGGGAUAAGGUUGGCGGCUGGACAGGUCUGGGGGGAUCCAAACUGGGGACGAAGAGGACCUUGCCCAAGAAAUACUUUGAGGAAAUCAGCGCCACCAUCAGCACCUUCGGCAUCCACGGGCUGAUCAUCAUCGGGGGCUUCGAGGCCUUCAUGGGCAGCCUGGAGCUGAUGGAAGGGAGAGCCAAGUUUGACGAGCUCUGCAUCCCCAUCUGCGUCAUCCCCGCCACCGUCUCCAACAACGUCCCUGGUUCUGACUUCAGCAUCGGCGCCGACACCGCCCUCAACACCAUCACCACGACCUGCGACCGCAUCAAGCAGUCGGCAGCGGGGACCAAGCGGCGCGUCUUCAUCAUCGAGACGAUGGGCGGCUACUGCGGGUACCUGGCCACCAUCGGGGCUGGCGGCGGUGCUGACGCUGCCUACAUCUUCGAGGAGCACUUCAGCAUCCGUGACCUGCAGAUCAACGUGGAGCACUUAACCGAAAAGAUGAAGACGACAGUGAAGCGCGGGCUGGUGCUCAGGAACGAGCACUGCAAUGAGAACUACACCACCGACUUCAUCUACAACCUCUACACAGAGGAGGGCAAAGGCAUCUUCGACUGCCGCAAGAACGUGCUGGGGCACAUGCAGCAGGGCGGCACCCCGACCCCCUUCGACAGGAAUUUCGGCACUAAAAUGGGCGCCAAGUCAGUGGCUUGGAUCACUGGCAAGAUCAAGGAGUGCUCCCGGCACGGUCGCAUCUUCGCCAACACAGCCGACUCGGCGUGCCUGCUGGGCAUGCGCAAACGCAGCCUGGUCUUCCAGCCCCUCAUUGAACUCAAGGAGCAGACAGACUUCGAGCACCGCAUCCCCAAGGAACAGUGGUGGCUGAAGCUGCGCCCCAUCCUGAAGAUCCUGGCCAAGUACAACAUCGAGCUGGACACCUCGGAGAAGGCGCUCAUGGAGCACGUCAGGCACAAGAGGGUCUCGCAGGAGUACAACAUGUGAGGGAGGACCCUCUGAACGACCCUCCCCAAGUCCCCCGCAGCAUCUUCUUGAAAGAGCAGUUUGGCCGAAAACUGAGGGUUUCCUCAGUGUAAUUUUGGGCUGGUUUAGAUCCAGCCAGGUGUUUUAUGGGCUUUUGAAAGAGAAAAGCGUUCCGCGAGCGGCUCGCGUUGUGGCAGGACGUUGCAUUGACCUAAAAGCAAAGGUCAGGUCUGUAGGGCAUCACUUUAGUUUGAAACACAGAAUUGUGACGCUUCAAUAAAGCAGCACCGCUCCGUGGUGGUGACAAACACAAA